UUGCGCUUGCAACUCCUGGUAGCCCCUGUGCCUUCUGGAGAGACACCGUCUCACAGCAUUUGCCAUGUCACUCAAUGCCACCUUGCAACCAGGGCCAUGGAACUGAUAUCCAAACCUUGUCAGUGUGUGUUUAGUGAAGGUAUAGCCAGCCCACAGAGCCACCAGAAUGUGUGGUGAGAGAUAGAUGGCAAUGAAUGUCAGUUCAAGUGUGUGGGUUCCAACAGUUAGAUCAUACUGCCAUAAGGAACUGGCAAAAACUAGAAUUCCAAACAGGGCCAUGUGAAAAGUGAGAGAGAUAUUUGCAACU